UCCUUCCGUCUCCUCCCCUCUCAAAAACCAAACCCCGGGAAUCGCUCGGUCAGUCACCGAGUCGAGUCAACAACCAGUCGGAGAUUCCGAGCUCGGAGCCGGCGCCCCACCCUCCGUCGUGCCGCGGCCGGACUGGGCUGCAGAUGCGAGUCGUCGAGUUUAUUGGUUGGAAUUGAUCUGCCGAUCAAGGAAGCAAGAUGGCUCUCAACGUGGGAGCCGUGUCAAGGAUGUUGCAGAUGCGGUCGGAGGCUGAUCAAGUGUCCGUUUUUGCCUUAACUUUGUUUGUGGCACUCCUGUGUGCUUGCAUUGUGAUCGGCCAUCUCCUGGAGAAAAACCGGUGGAUAAAUGAGUCCAUCACUGCCAUUGCUAUAGGUCUGAUCACUGGAACUAUUCUGCUGUUCGCAACCAAAGGAAAAAGUUCACAUGUUUUGGUUUUCAGCGAGGAGCUUUUCUUUAUAUAUCUCCUUCCCCCUAUUAUAUUUAAUGCCGGGUUCCAGGUGAAGAAGAAGCAGUUCUUUAGAAACUUUAUGACAAUCACCUCGUUUGGCAUUGUUGGCACCUUAAUCUCCUUUGCCAUUAUAUCCCUAGGUUCAGCACAAUUAUUCAAACACCUGGAAGUCGGAUUUCUGGAUUUGAGCGAUUAUCUUGCAAUUGGAGCGAUUUUUUCUGCUACAGAUUCGGUUUGCACUUUGCAGGUGCUCAGUCAGGAUGAGAAACCUUUGCUAUACAGUCUAGUCUUUGGGGAAGGUGUGGUGAAUGAUGCCACUUCUGUUGUAAUCUUCAACGCACUUCAAAAGUUUGAUCUUUCCCGUAUUACAUCGGGUGUGGCACUGCGAUUUGCUGCUAGCCUUUCUUACUUAUUCUUGACAAGCACCUUGCUUGGUGUAGCUGUUGGAUUGCUUAGUGCAUACAUUAUAAAGAAGCUCUACUUUGGCAGGCACUCCACUGAUCGUGAAGUUGCUCUUAUGAUUCUACUGGCCUACCUCUCCUACAUGAUUGCUGAACUGUUCUCGUUAAGUGGAAUUUUAACGGUGUUCUUCUGUGGGAUCGUCAUGUCCCAUUACACUUGGCACAAUGUGACUGACAAUUCAAGAAUUACGACCAAGCAUGCCUUCGCCACAUUAUCAUUUAUAUCAGAGAUUUUCAUCUUCUUGUAUGUUGGCAUGGAUGUUCUGGACAUUGAGAAGUGGAAAGUCGUCGGCAAGAGACUGGGAACAUCAGUUGCAGUGAGCAGCAUACUACUAUUCCUGAUUAUGGUGGGAAGGGCAGCGUUUGUAUUCCCCUUAUCUUUCAUCUCCAACCUAAAUCGAAAAUCUGCAAGCCACAAAAUCGGGCUCAAGCAUCAGGUCAUCAUAUGGUGGGCUGGGCUCAUGCGAGGAGCUGUCUCUAUGGCACUUGCUUACAAUCAGUUCACGAGGUCAGGACAUACCCAAUUGCUAGGAAAUUCUAUCAUGAUCACCAGCACCAUCUCAAUAGUCCUCUUCAGUACGAUGGUUUUCGGAUUCAUCACGAAGCCUCUAAUAAGCUUUCUGCUUCCUCCACAAAAGCAGUUAAGUGCACCCUCAGAGUCUGAGUUAUCAUCGACUAAGCCUCUUUGGGUGCCACUUCUGCCCAACGGGCAAGACGCACAGCCAGAGAUAAAUGGCCACGACGUAAACCGUGUGGGAAGUUUGCGCAUGCUUCUGAGAACUCCGUCACACACUGUGCACUACUACUGGCGUAAGUUCGAUGACUCUUACAUGCGCCCGGUUUUUGGAGGAAGGGGUUUUGUUCCCGGAGUCCAGAGCUCACCUGCAGAGGAAGUACUCCAAUAGUCUGGACGUCCGGCUAAAAUAGCAGCAUCACCAUGUAAGUAAUUUAAAAUAAAGUGACAUUACUGCUCUAUGGCUAGAUUACACUUCUAGGUUGAAUGCUGGAAAAAAAAAUGGAAUCGUACACCAUGAUAUCCUGAAAUAUAUGGCGGGGGGCACGGUUUUAUGUUGUACAUAAAUCAAUUAUUGAUUAGUCAAUAACAAGAGCGUAAGUUAUGGCAA